AUGUCGACCCUCCAGCUGAUGCGCCGCCUGGGACUUUCGGAAACGCAGACGGAGGAGGCCUGGGCUGUCCUGCAGAAGGAGAAACUGGAGACUGUGGAUGCACUCCGCCACAUCUGGUCACACACCAGCGACGGCCGCUGGCAGGCCUUGUCUCUGGACAGCAAUGUGAAGGAUGACUUGAUGUCUUAUUUUGAGUCGGAGAUGGGUGUCAGCUAUGGCAAGAUGCAGGUGCCGCCGAAAGAGCUCUGCAUUGCUGCAGGCCCGGCGUUUGCGAUCAGCACCCGGGGAGGGCAAGCCGUGGGUGUCUUCCGCAAGACGCAAUGA